GGCGCUUUUCGGCCCAUCUUGUCCGAACUCCGGAUGAUUAAAUGGACCGUUCCUUUCUGGGUGGAGGGCGUCUGCUGCCUCUCCUUAACUCAACUUCGCAUGAAAAAGUUUGAACACUGUGCGUGCCCCACUAACAACCUCUGGAAAUUGGCGAAACGGUUCAGCACUUGAGAACGUUCCGGGUUAGGAGCUUUUCAAAGCGAAUGAGGCUAUUACGCAACAGCAGAGCUGCCACUGAGCUUGCAGGAGAAAAGCCAGAGAGGGUAGAAGAAAAGGAACAGCCUAGAGAAAAAAAGGCGCCGUUGCACUGUUCAAAUUACGAUCGGACGCGUGUAAAUCAUUCCAUUUGUACAAUUAUUGCGAGGAUGGAGGAGUGUGUUCUGCUAGAAUUGAAGGACAUAGAGAGCAAGAUGGGACGCAAGAUUCCUGAGAGCCUGCUGCGGUCACUGCGGGAUAAUCAGCAGGGCCCGCACAAGGAAGAGAAAGUCGCUCUUUCUAACACGGGGACACUAAGUAACUGCAGCGCGCUGGAGAGACUGGAGACUAAGAUUCAGAUAUUGAAGCGAGACAUGGCUCGCCUCAGGGCAAUCGAUGUCAAAUUGAUGCAUCAGUUAUUGUCCAUCAACGAAGGUAUUGAAUCGAUUAAGUGGAUGAUGGAGGAGAAAGGCAAUGUGACAAGCAGGGGGAGCAGCUUGACGAGCAGUCUCUAUAGCUUGGCAGAAAGCCAGAUCACUUCACUCCAAGGCAGCUGGAAUAGCCUGCAAGAUGGCAGUGAUGGGCUUGAUGAAAUCUCAGUGGGGAGCUACCUGGACACGCUGGCUGAUGACUUGCCAGGUCACUGCACAUCCUCUGACUUAGAUCCCUUCUCGGACGAAUGUGUAACAACAGAUUCACUUAACAGUGAAUCUAUCAAUAAGGAAUCCAAAAAUGAUUCUGAUGAUGGAUAUUAUUGUUUUGGAUAAAUUGUGUGAAAAUAAGAUUUUUUUUGUAUCUACAAACAGAUGGAUGAAAUUAUUGUUCAGCCUUUCAUUAUACAUCACCCUCGUUGGGACAAUGUUUAACAGCAGUCGAUCUGAUAUUGGUCAUUUCACACUACUACCCAAACUCAAAUACACCGCAUUAAGUCCUUGUGACCCUGUUAUCAAGUCUAUUUUGAAAUUUAAGAGUAGAGUUUCAACCCAUAAUCUGGGUGGAAUCUCUCCAAAAGGCGCAAAAGAUCAGCGUAAUUUCAACACAAACAAGGAUCUCCCAAAAUAAGCCCUGCUUACGUUACUCUCAAUACUUUGUAACAUUUGAAAAUUCAAUGCACCCAUCAGUCCCCUAUAAUCCCAAAUAAAAAUCUAAAGUCCUUGUAGUUGGUUGGCUGGCCGAGCUGGUUCAU